AUGGGCGAAACAAAUGACUAUCGCCACGAUCCCUGCCAGCCAUCUUCAUCGCAACCAAAGGUGAGCGUUUCUCGAUUUCUUCGUCUAAAACGAUCAGCUAAGACUGGCAAAGCUGCUGAUCGCCGGCAGCAAGAACACAGCUUCCCUUGGGCUCAGCUGCCAAAGGAGCUGCAGGUGAAAGUGCUAAGUAACCUGCAGCGACGAGAUCUGUGCCGAUGUAGGGCCCUGAGCAAGCAAGUCUGCGAAAUGAUCGGGAAUAAUGAGAAAUCGAUGAAAAAAAGGCUUUUGGAUUUUGUGAAAAUUGAGAGGGUGAAUAUCUAUCUAUUUAACUCAGAAAUCUAUGAGUUGACUAAAAUAGGGCAAGGCCGAGUACAACUGUCCAUGAGAUGCGAUGAGGAAGAGAAGAAAAUGAAGUGGGUUGCCUGCCAAAAGAGAAGAAGAAAAGAUCCACUUAAGCUAGCAAUGCAAAUCAAGGCAAGUAACCAUAACUCACCUUAUCAGGAUUUCAUAUUGCAAACUGUGAAUACCCUGUCGGGAAACUUUUAA